AACUUAACCGUUUACAGCGGAUGAUUUGCAGUUCAUGUUGAAAUCACAUUUUAACUUGAAGAAAGAUGAGACGGAGGAAGCUGAGUCAGAAGAAGAGCCCGUGACCGAGGCAAUCGUGGAGGAGGAGAAAAUGGUCAUUGAUAUAUCCGAAGAAAGGAUUCUAAAAAAAUCCGAAGUCAGCAUAAGAUUGAGUUGGUUGGGAAAAACGGCUGAAGGGGACGGGUAUACUUACCUAAAAGCUACAAUUACGUGGAUGAAACUAACGAACAUAGAGGCAAUCACUUGCUUCAAACAUCUACAAUUUGUCGAUGUUUCCAAUAACAACCUCAAUAUACAGAGACUGCAGCCCGUCACCGAACUACCGUUUUUAAUUCUUCUUCAAGCUGAUAAUAACGAAUUAUACACAGCUGCUUUAAAAACUUGCAAAUACCUCCAAGUGCUCAUUUUAAACUAUAAUCAAUUGACAACAGUCAAGCACGUGUUUCAACCACAGUUGUCUACGUUAGAAGUCGGUUACAACCAAAUAAAUGAAAUAGUUGUAAACAAAAUGCCCCAUUUAAGAUGCAUCGACUUCCGAUACAAUGUGAUUCGUGAGUUACCGCUUGCGAUGGAUUUCCCGAAACUGGACAGUUUGUAUUUAGCGGGAAACAAGAUCAAAAGUCUGUUGGGAAUUGAGACGUUGACGAAUUUGAGAAUAUUGCAUGUGCGUAACAAUCCGAUAAAGUACCUGAACGGCUUCGUCCCCGAAUUAGUUAAAUUGCAAUAUUUGAACUUGCGGAACUGCAAAGUUGCAACGCUGAGGCAAGUCAAGAAACUGCGGAUGUUGCCAGCCCUAGAAGUACUCAUACUGAAAGGGACUCCGUAUCUAGGAGGGCCGGGUAAAGAAAGCGCAGAGGCCGCCGUCGAGGAAGAAGAUCCUGAAAUCAGAGUUGAGGUGCUGGCUGCGUUGCCAAAGCUCAAGCGUUUUAACAAAACCGAAUAUUCGCCGGAAGAAAGGCAAGAAGCAAAGGAACUUAUGAAUCAAUGGCAAGAAGAAGGUGAAAAGGAUGAAGAGGACGAUGAAGACGUUGCCGAGGAACUUGGGGAAGAAAUGCGUCCCAAUGAAUAGUCAUAAAUAUUCAAUUGUUAUUAUCAUAUUAAGUAAUGUUUACAUGUCAUUGCAAGUCAUCUGAAGCUUAAAUCAUUACAAUUAUACACUAGUUUGCUUAGAUUUAACUUAGUUUUAAUAGAUUCAACUUAGUUUUAAUACUCUAGUUUUUAUUUAUUUUAGUGUUGCUUAAUAGGGAUUAGAUUAGACACUUGCAUAGGGUUAUUCAGUAAAGAGGAUAU